CGUAUUUGACGUUACGUGCGUAAGCAUCGAGCAAGCAUCGAUUUCAUCACGAAAAUUACAUAUUCCUUGUUCUUUUUGGUACUUGUUUAAUUAGAAUCAACUGAUUUUGAAUAUAAACUAAUUUAGAGGAUCUGUGUGCAAGUUUCGAUGAGAAGGUAACUUUAAAUUAACAUAUGUGUCACUUAUCAAAGUUACAAAUAGAAGAAGCAAAUUGGUCAAUUUGGAGUACCUGAAGCAGUUAAAUAGUUAUCAAUAUGGUGAAAAUUUAUGCACUGGGUGUGCUAUACAAAGGAGUCAACAGUGCGACACUCCUUAAGGCAGCGUACAAUCUACAAAGCUUCAGUAUAUUCCAGCGAGGCUCAGUUCAAGAGUUCAUGGUGUUUGUUAGUAAGACAAUAGUAGAAAGAACCCAGCCAGCAUCUCGGCAGUCUGUUAAAGAAGGAGAGUAUAUGCUACAAGUCUAUGUUAGAGCAGAUAACUUAGCAGGAGUUCUGAUAUCUGACCAUGAGUACCCUAACAGAGUGGCUCACACACUGAUCACCAAAAUACUGGAUGAGUUCACAGCAGCAGUGCCUGCUACCCAAUGGCCAUCAGGCAGUGAAGACAGAAUAGAUUUCCAUGUGUUGCCAGAAUACUUAACAAAAUACCAAAACCCCAGGGAAGCUGAUGCAUUGACAAAAAUACAGAAUGACUUGGAUGAAACAAAGAUCAUUCUCCAUGAUACUAUUAAGGCCGUGCUAGAAAGAGGUGAGAAAUUAGAUGAUGUUGUUGCUAAGACUGAGAGUCUAUCGAUGCAGAGUAAAUUAUUUUACAAGACUGCCCGAAAGACUAACAGCUGCUGUAAUUUCUAAGGCAUUCUGAUGUUAGACCUGACUUGGCCAUAGUUCAAUUAUUUUAAAUAUGAUUUUAAUAUUAUUGAAGGCUUGAUUUCAUUAUUGUGGCCAUUAUUAUACCCACUGUAAAAAUUACUAGAUAAAAUGUUAGAUUUAUUUUUCUGUCAUUCUUUACAUAAUGUCAUGUGUUGAUUAAGUAGGUAUUACAUAAAUGUUAUGUUUUUUGGGGUUUCCUAUAUUAUUGGACAUAUAGUGUAAUGUUAAAUGUAUGUGAAUAAUUUUAGGUAAGACAGUGGUCAAAUAUAAUAUUGUCAGUAAAUAAAAUGCUAUGAUGCCAAAUCAGAAAUCAUCACAAUGUUGUAAUUAAAGAUACUAAAUAUGGUAUCAUUUGAAAGCUUUCCCUGUGGCCUAAGUGUUAUAUUACAAUAAACUUUAGUUAAGGCUGCACACAUCCAAACUUCUAUGGGUGCAAGUUAUAGACGUAUGGUGUCUGAACAAAUAUUAUGUAAUUAUUACUUUAUAGUAGGAUCAUAAAAUGUAUGAUCUGUAUUCUGCUUGUGUGAUAAAAAGUAGCAAUUAUUGAGAUCUAUAAGUAAAUUGUUUUAAGCAUAUCCACCUGAAUAUAUUGAUGCAAUUUGGUUCAUUAAAAGAUAUGCACGGGAGACCUAGAGGUUUAAUUUCUUACUAUUCACUAGCAAAAGUUUGAGUUGGAGAUAUUUUGGGUGAUGGAUGUGUGUAAGCAAUAACCUUAUAUUAUGUAUAAACAAUAAAUGUCCUUAAUGUAGUAAUUGUUAAAAAGCUAGAGUAGUAUUGAGUCCUGAGAUUUAAAUGUUUGAAAACAGGAAGUAAAACUUUAUACGAAAUACUGUCUGAAUGUAAAAGAUGUGAAAAUUAAAUAGGUACCUAUUUACUCAGCGCACAGUUUAUGAUUAUAUCUUUGGUUUUCAUAUUUGUAUAAAUGUAUCUUACGUUUGCUAGCUGUACCUAUUUCUUAUCUAUUUGGGAAAGUAUUUCAUAUAAAUAAACGUUUUUCCCGCAUGCUUAAGAAGUUGCUACUUAUCUGAAUGUCUAUUAUUUGUUUUUAAAUACAUAUUUUCAUGUGUUAAUGAGUCAUUUAGGCAGUGAUUCAUGCUUAUAAGUGGUACCCAUUGCUGCAAGGCGGUGAUAGUACAAAGGUUAUGCUCUUAUAAUCUAUACUGAUAUGAUAUUUCUCUGUUAAAGGUUCAAUAUUAAUUGCGAUUCAUGUCUUAAUUUAAUUCUAUAUAGUUAAUACGAUGUUCGAAAGAUGUCUUAAAACUAUUAUCGUAAAUGUCUAGAGAGAACAGAUUGUCGGAUUUGCGACGCAGUUGUGUGACGUCACAAUCAAUGGAGUAUUUUUAUGGUGCAUGCUAAACAGAUGAUACAAUACAUUUUGAAUAGUUAACUUGCAUAUAUCCUGUAUGGUACGGAAAUAGGCUUGAGCAGUAUUUUUUAAAAGUAAAAGUAUUGCGUUAAUACUUUACCUAAUGCUAAAGGUCAUGGCACAUAUGAACGGCAUGGCACGGCGCAGCUGUUAGGUAGCUGCAAACUAGCUGACAUCCCGCCGUUGGCUUCUUUCUAUAUUGACGUUAUUAGUUUUAUAUGAGAUACGAUUUUAGAGACAACUGACUAGUUAAUUGCUGCCAUGACCUUAACACUGCUACCAAUAGAAUAGACAGCUAUCUGGGCUGUAUGUGUUCAAUAAUGACAUACUACUCAUCCUGCGCUCGUAAUGUAUUAUUACAUUUCAGUAAAAGCUAGAAAGUAUCAAAGUAUACUGCAGUGUGAAUCUAUAACUGCCAAUUUAUAAAGAUAAAAUGGGGUGGCGGGUGCAUUGACACGAGGUCGCAUACCAACCUUUAACCAACCUGACCUAGAUCCUUGAGUGAUGACCUGAUUUACGUAGUGGCUGCAUUCGAUUGUACGUCGGCAUUCGGCAUACAUUUAUAAAACAAAAAAUGCAGCUAUACAUUCCUCCUUAUUAUGAAGUAAAUUAGAUCUGUAUAUUGUACACGGCAGCCGGGCCUUAGAUAGUUUGAUUUGAUUUGUUUGUACGUAAAUCGUGUUUGGAGGGAAAAUGUACUGUUGAAGUUGUGGGAGCCAACUUGAUUAUGGUCGGUAUAUGUCAGUUAGAAGCUUCCAAGCAAGGCUCUGCUACAAUCCAUUCAUCUACCGACCUCAUAGAACACCACAAGCAUUUCGCACCCAUAUUUAUUUUAUAAUGCAUCUUAAUUUGAGGACAAAAGUAGGAAUAGGUAAUGCGUUGUGGGUAAAGUGGUGUUUGUAUUCUAUAGAUGUCUGUGGCGAUAAUAAGGUUAUAUGUAUAAUAUCUUUACCCUAGUAUUGAUAAAGUUAUAAGGUUAUCCUUGAGAAUUUUGGAUGUGAUUUGAAAAAUUUAAUUGAUGUGUAAUAUCUACUUUGUAUUAACAUGUUAAUGGAAGUUGGAUGUUAUUUAUUGUAUACUUGCUUCAUGACGUGUUAGUCUAUAAAUAAAUCGAUAUUUACAAUUUA